AUGCUCUUUUCGGAGAAAGAGCGAACAGCAGUAAAUGAAAGUCAAAAUACCAAGUGCCUCAAGACUCUCAGUGUCCUACCAGGCAGUAGGGCGUCCCCCUUAAGCGACGCGUAUGGUGUUUCUGGCCUGCCUCAUACGAAAAGUAAAGCGAAGGUUAAGGAAAUACGCCUAGCAAGUCUAAACGUAGGAACCCUUAAAGGAAAAAUGGCCGAGAUGGCAGCUAUGCUAGCUCAAAAAAGAAUCGAAAUUUUGUGCGUGCAGGAGACGAAGUUUAAGGGAGCAAAGACAACCAUGCUGGCAAAUGGAUACAAACUAUACUAUAUGGGCGUGGAAUCACACAGGAACGGCGUCGGCAUCAUACUCGCACCCCACCUUGUACCAGCAGUGGUCGAAGUCAAACGGUUUACAGACAGAAUUAUCUCACUAAAACUGGUGCUAGGAAACCAAAUUGCGACCGUAUUCUCGGUGUAUGCUCCGCAAGUCAAUUGUUCAAACGAGGAAAAAGAAACUUUCCGGGAAGCUUUGGACAACGCAAUGAUGGCAAUGAAAGAGGAUCUUACGAUCAUUGGAGGCGACUUCAAUGCUCAUGUUGGAAACGUUAGAACAGGUUUUUCAAGAGUUCUCGGUGGCCACGGAUAUGGGAUUUCCAACGAUGAUGGUGAGCACACACUAAGAUUUGCGCAAGCGUUUGACCUAGCACUAGCGAACACCUUCUUUCAAAAGAGGGAUUCCCACCGCAUCACUUACUACAGUGGUAACCACAAAUCUCAAAUCGACUAUAUGCUGGUCUCAAGAAAACACCUGCAGAAGAUCAAAGAUUGCAAAGUCAUACCGGGACAGGCAUUGUCGGCACAACAUCAACUCCUGCUCAUGUCCCUACGGAUACCUCAUACAAAGCACCAAAUCAAAAGCUCACACUAUGAGCAAGUAAUCAAAUGGGCCAAACUUAAGGAACGAAGCGAUGCAUUCGCCAUCAACAGUAAUAUCGAGCAACUCGCACAAGAUUGCUACGAAAACCCUAAUACACUCUGGGAGGACGUGUCAAAUAAGCUCAUCAAUGCUGGGAAAAGUACGUUAGGUGUGACGAAAGGCGGAAAGGCAAGAGCAAAAAUAACGUGGUGGUGGAAUGAGGAUACACAAAUAGCAGCUGACGAGAAGAAGAGACUGUUUAAAAUCUGGAAAGCAUCUAAGACGGAAGCUGACAGGAAAGUUUACAAGGAGCAAUGCAAGCGAACGAGCAAAAUUGUUGGGGAAGCAAAACGGAGAGUGUUUGACGAUAUUUAUGAAAGGAUGCAUACAAAAGAAGGCCAAAAUAUGGUGUACAAAAUGGCGAGGCAAAGAGAGAGAAAAUCAAGAGAUAUUGAAGGAGGCGCACGGUACGUGAAGGAUAAAGGAGGUAAGCUACUACUAAACGACAAAGAUGUUAUAUCUCGAUGGAAAGAAUACUUUUCAGAACUGUUAAACAGUAACGAGAGAUGUGUAAAGGAGCUUGAUGACCCUCCCCGCUCCUGCAACUUAGUUCAUCCAAUAACCCGAGAUGAGGUUGUGGAGUCGUUGAAAAAGAUGAAGAAAGGCAAAGCAAGAGGACCUGAUGACCUUCCGAUUGAAUGUUGGAAGAGUCUUGGAGAAGAAGGAAUCAAUGUGCUAAGAAAGUUGUUCAACCUAAUACUUAACGAACAAACGAUACCCGCAGACUGGAAACGCAGUUACCUAAUCCCUAUUUUCAAAAAUAAGGGAAAUUCCCAAGAAUGUGGUAAUUACCGAGGCAUCAAGCUGAUGUCACAUACGUUCAAACUCCUUGAAAAAAUUAUCGAAGGAAGGCUAAGAGAGCUGAUCACGAUUGCAGAUGGGCAAUUUGGGUUCGUAAGCGGUAAGUCUACUAUUGAUGCGAUACACGCACUAAGAAUUAUGGCUGAAAAAUAUACGGAGCGUAAUCUGGAGUUGCACGCAACCUUCAUCGAUCUUGAAAAAGCCUUUGACAAAGUGCCACGAAGCGUAAUCUGGUAUGCCCUUCGAAAGAAGAAUGUUCCUGAGGUUUACAUCAGGCUCAUUCAAAAUAUGUAUGACAACAACACAACGCACAUACGCACGUCGCACGGAGUUUCUCAAGGUUUCACAAUCAAUGAAGGGGUACAUCAGGGAUCAGCACUUUCCCCACUUCUGUUCAUAACAGUAAUUGAUGAAAUAUUAGUAAAUCUUGAAAGUGAAGCGCCAUGGCAUCUGCUCUAUGCAGACGACGUUGUACUUAUCUCCAACAACAUCACGGAUAUGAGCGCAAAAGUGAAGAGAUGGAAGGACGAAUUAGAGAGUUAUGG